AUGAAGACAUCUUUCUUCACCAUUGCUCUUCUCUCCCUCUUCCUUUCCCUUUACCCUUCUCUCUCCCAACGCUGCAACAAAAAAGACGAAAAAAUCCUUCUCAGAAUCAAAAAAUCAUUUGGAAAUCCCGAUGUCUUAACAACUUGGACCAAAGAAAUCGACUGUUGUUCAUGGUACUCUGUGCAAUGUGACGAGUACACCGAUCGUAUCAGUGCACUCACCAUCUUCUCCGGCAACAUCUCCGGUCGAAUCACAGAGGCCAUCGGCAACCUCCCUUACCUCGAAACCCUAAUUUUGCGGAAGCUCACAAAUCUCACCGGCCAAAUUCCGUCUUCAAUUGCCAAACUCACUAAACUCAAAACUCUCACCAUUAGCUAUACAAAUAUCUCCGGCCCCAUCCCUUCUUUCCUCAGUCAAAUCAAAAGCUUAGCGACACUGGAUUUGUCGUACAAUGGUUUCACCGGAACAAUCCCGCCGGAGCUCUCUUUGCUGCCAAAACUCCGAACACUUCGCCUGGACAGGAAUAGACUAACCGGAAAAUUUCCUGAGUCGUUUGGGAAUUUCACCGGAAGGCUUCCGGCGAUUUAUCUGUCUCAUAACCUACUGAAUGGAAGUGUACCCCAGUCAAUGGCUCAGGUGAACUUCACGGCGUUAGAUUUGUCCAGAAACAGGCUCAUGGGAGACUUGUCGGUGUUUUUUGGGAUGAAUAAGACGAUUAAAGCUGCUAAUUUUUCGAGGAACUUGUUUGAGUUUAACUUCUCGAAUUUGAAUCAGUUUCCGGAGAGCUUGUCGGUGUUAGAUUUGAAUCAUAACAGGAUAUAUGGGAGUUUGCCGGCGACGUUGACAGGACUAAAAUUGCAGACGUGGAACGUGAGUUUCAAUAGACUGUGUGGUGAAAUUCCGACCGGCGGAAGUUUGCAGAAGUACGAUAGCUCGGCGUAUUUUCAUAACCAGUGCCUGUGUGGGUCUCCAUUGCCUGCAUGCUAA